UGUCGUGACUCGUUCUACUGAAUCAUGAAAGGAUGUGACUAUCCUUAGCAAAGCAUAAGAAGAAUAAUUUUCUUGAACUUUCUCGAUUCUAUAUCAACCAUGAAGUUAACAACAAACCUUAUUUCCGAGAUCUACCCAGACCAACCUCUGGAGAACCUGAAGGAAAUCAAAUUAGCAGAAAAAGAAAUUGAAGAAAUACAGGAUAUUUCAGCUUGUAAAGAACUUCGCAAGCUCAACCUUUCUAACAAUAAACUUGUCGACGAAAACUCUAUUGCUGGUUUAAAAAACUUGGAAAAGUUGACACUCUUGAACCUUUCUCACAAUAAAUUCAAGGAUUUGACAGGCUUUCAACAUUUCCAGACAUUAAAUGUUUUAAAUGUUAGCCAUAACGAAUUGGUUCAUAUGAGUCCUCAUUUAACCCGUCUCAAACAAUUAAAGGCUCUUAUCUUGAACCAUAACAAUUUAUUAGAAAUUGAGAAUAUUGAACCUUUGCUUCAAUUGAAUACUUUAGUUAUUUCCCAUAAUCAAAUUGAUACUGUUCCUCGUUUAUCUAGUCUUGCUGAACUUACAAAGCUUUCGGCUGCUCAUAACCAAUUGGCUCAAGUACCUGACUUGACCUACAAUGUUUUGCUGAAGGAACUUCGAUUAAACGAUAACAAGAUCAAAGAGAUACCCGAAACAUUAAGAAAGUGCAAUGCUAUUGAAAUUCUUGAUUUUGGUAACAACAUGUUGACAGAAUGGAGUGAUAUUGCGCCUAUUGGGUCUUUGCUGCAUUUACAUAAUUUGAACUUAAAAGGAAAUCCCAUUACGAAAAAGAAGGAUUACCUUGAAAAGGUUCUUGAUCUCGUUCCUUCUCUUCGUAUUUUAGAUGGCGAACGAUUUGAUCCUAAAUUCUUGAUGCGUAAAAAGAAACAAAGAGAAAACUUAAACAUUGUUGAGAAGAAACAACGUCUUAAGCGCAUGAAACUCCAAAAGGAAAAGAAGGAAAAGAAAUCUCAAGUAUUAGAUGCUGAUGGCGAUGUUCAAAUGGACACAGUACCUAAAGAGCGUAAAGUGAAGGGCACAGAUAUUGCCAAGGUCAAGACUAAGCGUGCUUCUGAAGCUACUCAAGAUGAACCUGCCAAGAAGAAGAAAAAGUCGGAUGAAAAGGAUACAUUCUUCUUGAAGCCUGAAGAAACAACCACAAAAGAAAAGAAGUCCAAGCCAGUUAUGGCAACCAAGAAGAAGGUAACGGUUACUAAAGAAACUGAAGUUCAGGAACCAGUUGUUAAGGAAACCGAAAAGCCAAAGAAGGCACCUGUGGAGGCUGUUUCAAAGCCACAGACAAAGGCUCAGACAGGUGUUGUGGGUGUGGUUGACAAGACAAAGAAACUCAAGACAAACAACAAAAAGACAACAGAUGUUGUUGCUGCAUUAGAAAGUGAAAAUAACAAGGAACAAGAUACCAAUACUGGUACUGGUUUAGAUGUUGGUGGUUGGGAUUAAAAAGAAAAGCAAGUAAUAUAAUUAUGCAUACAUUCAUUUCUAAUAGACAUCGUAUAAUAAAAUAAGCGU